AUGUCAACUUUAUAUGAUUUUUCAGUGAAAGAGGGAGAAUGCUCUUCUGAUGAGAACCCACCCAGAGUGCUGAACCAGGGGGAUGAGUUGUGCAUGGCUGGGCAGAAGGGCCACAGCUCAGGCUGCAACUGUAAACAACCAUGUUUUAAAAGGUGUGUUCCCAAUGAGACAUAUCCAGGUGUAAAGAAAUAUUGCGUGUCUGGCUGCAACAAGAGCUGCUUAUUUCCAGUCCUCAAACGGAAGCCGGUCAUUGGCUCUUGUCCUCAUGCUAAUUGCCUCUUGGUUGAAAGAUGA